AUGGCCAUGGCCACUCCUACUCAUCCAAGCGCAUCUUGCUGCCUCGUAGGUCCCGUCCCGUUCAACGAUGUCGUAGGCGGCGAAGAGGACGACCGGAUCACCCCGCCCGAAGAGUGCGGGCACAUCAUCUCCACCUUGCCGACCAUCGCUCUCCAUGGCCGCUUCGUGCACCACCAAUACCAGGGCGCUUGGGUGAUCCACGAGAGGAUGCCCGGUGUCCUCUCUUUCCAGCGGCGCUUCACCCUGCGCCCCGGCGACGUGCUCCUCGCGAGCCCGCCCAAGUGCGGCACCACGUGGCUCAAGGCCAUGUCCUUCGCCAUCAUGGCUCGGGCGGCGUACCCGCCCUCCGCCGCCGACCACCCGCUCCUGCGCCUCAACCCACACGAAUGCGUCCCCUUCAUUGACGAUCUGUUCAGCGCAGGGCACGACACCAAGCUGGAGGCGCUGCCGUCGCCUAGACUCAUGAACACGCACAUCCAACACUCCCUGCUGCCCGCCUCCGUUGCCGACAACCCCAACGCCAAGAUCGUCUACAUCUGCAGGGAGCCCAAGGAUAUGCUGGUGUCCAUGUGGCACUUUGGCAAUACCAUUCACCCAUGCGAGUUCUCUGCUCUGUUUGAGAGUGUAUGCGAGGGCAAGACCACAGAUGGCCCCAUGUGGGACCACGUUCUCGGUUACUGGAGGGCAAGCAAAGCCACACCGGAGAGGGUCUUCUUCCUGAGGUACGAGGAGAUUCUGCUCAAUCCGGUUGACAAUGUCAUCAAGCUGGCGCGGUUCCUCGGGGUGCCGUUCUCAGCUGCCGACGAGGCGGCCGGGCUUCCGGCAGACAUCGUCAAGCUGUGUAGCAUUGAGACGAUGAAAGGUCUAGAAGCGAACAAGACAGGCGCCUCCGGACUGUUUUACAAGUACCCGCAUGAAGCCAACUUCAGGAAAGGGGUGAUCGGAGACUGGGUGAACCAUAUGACGCGAGAGAUGGCGCGGCGCUUGGACGACAUUGUUGAGGACAAGCUCCGUGGGUCGGGGCUGUCUUUUGGCUCUUCAAACGGUCGGGGUGGAAUAUGA